UGCGUGCUUUUGACCGGCCCGAUUUUACCCCUUACCGCCAUACUGAACGCUUCAAAGGCGAAGCCCCAAACAGCUUUUCCAAGAAGUGAAGGAGCCGAUCAGCAACUCCCAAGACACGCAACGAGCCUUCACAAAGCUCUUGUAGCUCUCCCAAAGCCAAACUAUUCAAGUACUAUCGUAGUAGUAGUAAAGGGUUGUCGUAGUCAGUUCAAAGCUGUACAUCGUCUAUAAACACCAUGGGCCCUCCUCCGUCUGAUGAUGUCAAAAUCGUGAUUAUGCGCACCGUGGGUGGUGAGGUUGGUUCAGCCUCCUCCCUUGCCCCCAAGAUUGGUCCUCUUGGUUUGUCUCCCAAGAAGGUUGGUGAAGAUAUCCAAAAGGCCACUUUGGACUGGAAGGGUCUCAAUGUGACGGUCAAGUUGACGGUGGUCAAUCGUCAGGCGACUGUCUCCAUGAUUCCCAGUUCCAGUUCUCUCGUCAUGAAGGCUCUCAACGAGCCCGUUCGUGACCGCAAGAAGGUCAAGAACGUCAAGCAUGACGGAAACCUCACCUUGGAUCAAGUCAUUGACAUUGCUCGUCAAAUGAGGGAGCGAUCCAUGGCGCGAAAGUUGGCCGGAACCGUCAAGGAAAUCCUCGGAACCUGCAACUCCAUCGGAUGCUCCGUCAAUGGAGAAUCUCCUCGUGAUAUUCAGCAAGGAAUUGAUGACGGAGAAAUCGAAAUCCCCGAAGAGUAAGCAUGUAGGUACCAUUACGGGCUCUUGCUUACUUCUCUUUAGAGGAUGGAUAAAAGUUGCAGACGGUUGGAUUUUCUUUUGGGGGGAUGGUGCCGGCUAUCUCAAGCAAAGAUUUCAUAGAGCCUUGUACUGAUACUUUUAGAAGUAAUAGAGCCUGUAUUACCUGCU